ACCUUCAUAUAUUUUCGGUAAUUAGUCUAACUUAAACUAGAAGUGUUUUCCUAACACCUAGAUUAGAUGCUAUUCACGUGCAUAAAAUAGUCUUAUAUUAUACAAAACGGAUUACCAACAAGGAUAAAAUAUUACUUUGGCUGACUGUUAGAUUACCAUGUCACGUUUUUUUAGAGCAGGCUCUGACAGCGAGAGUGAGUCAGAGUCCAGUGGUGAUGAGAUACAGGAAAUACGUACAGCUGCACCCACAAGGGCUUUGCAGAUUAGUGAUGAUGAAGAGGAAACACGUCGUGUAGUUAGAAGUGAGAAAGAUAAAAGGUUUGAAGAGAUUCGAACUAUCAUCAAGCAGCUAAAAAAUCAUAAGAAAAUUAAAGAUUUUGCAAAUGUUCUCACUGAUUUUGAAGGCUUAACAAAAGCUUUUGAGAAAGCCAGAAAAGUAGUUGACAAAGAAGGAGUACCUAAAUUUUAUAUCCGGACCAUUGUUGAGUUAGAGGACUUUAUCAAUGAGUGCUGGGAAGAUAGAGAAUGGAGAAAAACUAUCUCCAAAAACAACUCUAAAGGUCUUUCUUCUGUUCGGCAAAAAAUAAAAAAGUACAACAGAGAUUUUGAGACUGAUAUCAAUUCUUUUAAAGCGAAUCCAGAUGCCUUUGAAGAUGAGGCUGAAGAAGAAGAGGAACCAAAAGAACUAGCAGAUGAUGAGAGUGAAGAUGAAAAACCUAAACCGGUUGCUAAAAAGGUAGAAGAGAAGCCUUCUAAGCCAGUUAAAGCUGCUGUCGAGGAUGACGAUGAUGAUGAUGACAGUGACUGGGGGUCAGAGGACAGUGAAGAAAGCUCCUCUUCUGAUGAUGACAUGCCUGCUGUUGGUAAACUGACUGCUGAAUACUUUCUUAAGUCGACCACUGAGCAGGAAGCCCAAAGGAGAGAGGAGAGAAAGAGAGAAAAACGUUUGAAAAAGGAAGAGAAAGAAGGCAAGAGGAAAGAAGAUGAUGAAAGUGGAUGGACUGAGGUUACCAGUGGCCCACCAAGUGUACCAGUGGAAAAGCCAAAAAUGUUUGCAAAAGAUCAGGAAAUUACAGUGGAAGCUGUAGUGAAGAAACUGAACGAGAUUAUUGCCAUGAGAGGCAAGAAAGGAACUGACAGAUCAGUCAUGAUUGAAAUGUUGCGUGAAUUGAAGACGAUCGCUGAAGCCAAUAACCUGGGGAAGCCUGUUAUGGUGAAAAUAUGCUUCAACAUUAUGGCUGCAAUCUACGACUACAACCCCAACAUAGCCACUUGUAUGAAAAAUGAUAUGUGGGAAAACUCUUGUUUGCCUACCAUUCAGGAAUUAUUGGACACUUUGGUUGAGAACAAUGACAUUGUUGUGGGUGAAAAUAUUCCUGAAGAGAGUGAACAGUUGGAUAAAUCUCCUUAUCGUAUCAGAGGCUGCAUUCUGACAAUGGUAGAAAGGUUGGAUGAAGAAUUCACCAAAAUGCUUCAAGCCUGUGAUGCUCAUAGCACUGAAUUUGUAGAGAGGUUGAAGGAUGAGCAGGCUAUGUGUGAUAUAAUUGACAAACUAGAGAAAUACCUUGAGAAGAUUGGAAACAGUGAGGAGAUGUGUCGCAUUUACCUGAGGAAGAUUGAGCAUCUCUACUAUAAGUUUGAUGCCUCCUCCUUUGAUCUGAAAGGAAACAAAGAAAAUGGUUCUGAGGCAGUUAUGGAUAAAAUGUGUAAGUAUAUUUAUGCUAAAGACAGCACAGAUCGCUUGCGUACUAGGGCGAUGUUGUGCCACAUAUAUCACCACGCUCUCCAUGAUCGCUGGUACCAGGCUAGGGACCUGAUGCUCAUGUCACAUCUUCAAGACAACAUUCAGCAUUCAGACGUUUCUACACAGAUUCUAUACAAUCGCACAUUGGUUCAACUUGGACUUUGUGCAUUCAGACAAGGUCACAUUAGAGAUGCCCACAAUGCUCUUGUUGAUAUACAGAGCAGUAACAGAGCUAAGGAGUUGCUGGCACAGGGUCUUGUUCCACAAAGACAACACGAACGCUCACCCGAGCAAGAAAAGAUUGAGAAAAGACGUCUUCUGCCAUACCACAAACACAUUAAUCUAGAAUUAUUGGAGUGUGUGUAUCUUGUCUCUGCUAUGCUUUUGGAGAUACCUUAUAUGGCUGCCCAUGAGCUGGAUGUCAGAAAGAGAAUGAUUAGCAAAAACUUUCACCAUGUCUUGAAGAUGAGUGAGAGACAAACCCUGACUGGUCCCCCAGAGAGUAUGAGAGAACAUGUUGUAGCUGCAAGUAAAGCCAUGAAAAAUGGAGAUUGGAAAAAAUGCAGAGACUACAUCAUCAAUGAAAAAAUGAACGCAAAGGUGUGGGAUCUUUUCUUUCAAGCUGACAAAGUUAGGGAUAUGAUUAGUGCUAAGAUUCAGGAAGAGUCUUUGCGUACUUACUUAUUCCGUUAUUCUUCUCUGUAUGACUCAUUGAGUCUAGAGAGUCUGGCUGCCAUGUUUCAAAUUGAGUCUACUUUAGCACAUGCAACCAUCAGCAAAAUGAUCAUCAAUGAAGAGCUGAUGGCAUCGCUUGAUGAGCCCACCCAGAUUGUUGUGAUGCACCGCACUGAGCCAACUCGCCUUCAAUCUCUAGCACUUCAGCUGUCAGAAAAAGUUGGCUCCCUAGUAGAAAACAAUGAAAGGAUUAUGGAAAUCAAACAAGGCAACUUCUUUUUCAACAAAAGCCAUCCAGGGACAAAGCCUGAUCAAAGAGAGGGCUAUCAAAACCCACACCAGCAUCAGCAGCAAUCACAGCAGCAGUGGGGUAACCGCAAUCGCCAACAGAGGAAUAACCCACAGCAGCAAAGAGCCUAUUAGGCCAAGGCCAUGGGGACAGCAUCAUGUGACAUUGCAAUCAGGCCCUGGUGCAUCUGAGUAUUGACCAGUUUCAGCAAGUUUCUGUCUUGAAAGCACUUUUAUGUUGAUAAGAUAUAAUUAUUUUAAUUUAAUCUGUGUAUAUUUCUGGAUGGGAUUUUCAUCUGAUGUUUCUAUUUGGUAUUGGAAAAAUAGUCAUUUUAAUUCAAUUACAUACAUAUUGAACAUUGUAGUAGAGUGAAAUUUUUUUAAAAUCUAAUUUGAAAAAUCUAAUUGCCCUUAAGACUUGAUUUAGUAAUGUCUGUACUGUGUAAAGUAAUUGCAUUUGAAGAGUUCGGAGAGAUAUGCACAGGUUACAACAUGGUUAAAUAAAGAAAAACAAAAUGAA